GUGGCCCAUAAUACGAAAAGUUACAAAUUCAACUUUCUCAGAUUCAGAACGACAGAAGCAAAUCCAAUUAAUUUUUGUUCAAUGUUAAAUUAAAUUGCUUUAGAUUUACUUUCAAAAUGGCAGUUAUUUUGGAAACAACAGUUGGUGAUCUCGUUGUUGAUUUAUAUCCGGAAGAAAGACCAAGAUGUUGCUUGAACUUCUUGAAGCUUUGCAAGAUCAAGUAUUUCAACUUUUGUUUGCUUCACUCCAUUCAGAGGAACUUCAUGGCUCAGACUGGAGAUCCAACAGGAACUGGGAAAGGUGGUGCUUCUAUCUUCAGUAAGCUGUAUGGGGAUCAGGCCAAGUACUUUGAAAUGGAGAACAACCCAAGGAUCAAACAUAAGAAGAAAGGGGCUGUAUCCAUGGUCAACAAUGGAGAAAACAUGCACGGAUCACAGUUUUUCUUCACAUUGGCCGAGGACCUGGACUACCUGGACGGCCAACACACGGUGUUUGGCGAGGUGACGGAAGGGUUUGAUGUUCUAGAGAAGAUCAAUGAAGCAUUCUGUGACAAGGAGAAUCGACCUUACCAAGAUAUCAGAAUCAGUCACACCAUUGUUUUAGACGACCCAUUUGAUGAUCCCGAAGGACUUGAUAUACCAGACCGAUCACCUGAACCCACGAAAGAACAGCUGGCGAGUGUACGCAUCGGUGCGGAUGAAGAGAUUGAAGACGACAAAGGAAAGAGCAAGGAAGAAGUGGAAGAGGAAGAGAAAAAGAAAGAUGCCACAGCCAAUGCGCAGAUCCUGGAAAUGAUUGGUGAUUUGCCUGAUGCAGACGUGAAGCCUCCAGAAAAUGUCCUCUUUGUUUGUAAGCUGAAUCCACUCACGACAUCAGAGGAUCUGGAAAUAAUUUUCUCCAGAUUUGGAAAAAUCUCCAGUUGUGAAGUGAUCAAAGACAAGGUGACUGGAGACUCACUCAGCUAUGCCUUCAUUGAAUUUGAAAGGGAGGAAGACUGUGAAGAAGCGUACUUCAAGAUGGAUAAUGUUCUCAUCGAUGACCGUCGGAUUCAUGUCGAUUUCAGCCAGUCUGUAGCCAAACUCAAAACGGGACCAUCAGGCCCAGUGAUACCUCAGAAAGGCGGAGAAAGCUCUAAAUAUGCCAUAAAGGACACAAAGAGUAAACAGUCACAGAAGUAUGGUUUAGUGCUUGAUGAGGACGACAAUUACGGAGGUCACCAAAGGUCUUAUCAAAAGAAGCAAAGGAGAUAUUCAUCUGAAAGUGACAGUGAAAAUGAAAGGCACAGAAAUAAAUCAAAAAAGAAGGAGAAGAGAGACACAAAGCGGGACAGUUCUUCUGAAGAAUCUUACAGGGACGACAGAAGGCAUCAGAAGAAAAAGAGACAGAAAGACCGGAGAGGGGGCUCGAGUUCCUCGGAAGAUGACAGAAAACGGAGAAGAAAGGAGAAAAGAGCAAGGGACGACUCAGAGAGCGAGGACGAGAUGAGAAAAGAACGGGCUAAAGCAAGCCAUCGUAAGGCGGCGUCGGGGUCAUCGGACGAUGAGAGGUAUUCAAGACGGAGAACGGGUCACGAUAGAUCCAGAGAAGAUAGACCCAGGGAGGAUGAUCGAGGGAGAGAUGAAGAAAGAAGAAGACGGAAAGAUGAAAGAAGGGAGAAGGAUAGAUACAGUGGAAGGGGUGGAGACAGAGAUAACAGGUACAGGGAGCAAAACAGGGACAAAUAUAGAGAAAGAAACAGGGAUAGGUGAUUAAUCACAGCAUUUUUUUGUAAUUUUAUAGUGUUUUUGUGUGUUUUUUUUCUUCUCAGUACUAGACCUGGGAAUAUUUGAAUUACCAAAUUAUUCAAAGGCUUAUUAAUGAUUGGAAAUUGAAUACUGCUUUUGAAUAUUGGUGUUACAUGAUACAGUGUAGCACUUGAGGACUUGACCAUUCAGGUCAAAACCUAUAGCAAUCCCCCCUCCCCUCCCCAAACUCCUCCCAUACAUGUAGGAUUCUUCACAUUUCUCAUCCAGCUCACGUUAUUGCCAGUUUUGUUAACUUAUUUCUUUGUAAAAUACAAUUAAAAAAUUGGCAGAUUCAUGUAUGUACAGUUUAGUUCAAAGUGGAAUAAACAAUGAAAAUUUUACCCGA